GAUAACAGAGGAAGCAGCGCGGCUGGCAACGCAGCGUCACUCGACUCGGAGUAGGGUGGGGGAGCGGAUGACUUAUUAAAUAAAUUACUUAAAAAAAAAUAAUAAUAAUAAGAGCAUGUGAAUUCACCGAAAAAUAAUCGCGAUCCAAACCAGCCGGACUGUGGCGCAUAACUUCGGUAUCACAGGCCGCAACGGAGCUGCAUUGGAUGGUGAGGGGAAUGAUGAUGAUGGUGGUGGUGAUGAUGCUUCCCUGUAUGCCCCGCUGAUACACAGGGACCGUAGGACCGCGGCUGCUGCUGCUGCUGGUGAGGAUUAUCCAGGAGGAGGAAGAAAGACAGGGAGGAGGGGGAGGCAGCGUCCAGCAUCAUCCGGUAGGCUGCAUUCACAGAAACACCGAUCUGAAAUAAAAUAAUAAUAAACCGCCCCCCUAGUGGGUUUGGAUUGGAUUUUUUUUUUCUUUUCUUUUUUUUUUUUUGUUACCGAAUGCUGGAUACCGGCCUUCGGGGAAGGAGACGCGUGAAUACCCAACAGGACGGACUUCCAGUUGUUAUGCAAUCAGAAAGUGUCCCUGCGGCUCUUCUCUAGCGCCGGAUCUGUGCGGCCGUUUACGAGGGCAGCUAGGAUUAUUGGGGCUGCCCGCUCUUUUUGGUGCGUGUGUGAGAGAGUGGGUGUGUGAGUGAGUGCGGGCGUGAGCGGGUGUGUGUGUGAGUGUGGGUUGGACCAUAUUGGACGCUGAUCGUAGAGAUUGGACUCAGCGGAUAUUGAGAAGAUGUCGGGGCAGACGCUGACAGACCGCAUCGCCGCGGCUCAGUACACCCUGACGGGCUCCGAGGUCUCCAGGGCCGUGUGUAAGGCCACCACACAUGAGCAGACAGCCCCAAAGAAAAAACACCUGGAAUACCUGAUCCAGGCCACCCAGGAUUCCAACGUGAACGUCCCCCAGAUGGGAGACACGCUGCUGGAGAGGGUGGGCAACGCCAGCUGGGUGGUGGUUUUCAAAGCCCUGAUCACCACACACCACCUCAUGGUGCACGGCAAUGAGAGAUUUCUCCAGUUCCUGGCAUCUAGGAACACCUUGUUCAACCUCAGCAACUUCCUGGACAAAACUGGCUCCCAUGGCUACGACAUGUCCACGUUCAUCAGACGUUACAGUCGCUAUCUCAACGAGAAGGCCUUCGCCUACAGACAGAUGUCCUUCGACUUUGGACGAGUUAAAAAAGGAGCCGAUGGAGCGAUGAGGACCAUGUCAGUGGAGAAGCUGUUGAAAGGAAUGCCGAUCCUGCAGAGCCAGAUCGACUCGCUUUUGGAUUUCGAGGUUCAACCCAAAGACCUGAACAACGGCGUGAUAAACGCCUGCUUCCUCCUUCUCUUCAAAGAUCUCAUCAAGUUGUACGCCUGCUACAAUGACGGCAUCAUCAAUCUGCUCGAGAAAUUUUUCCAGAUGAAGAGGAGCCAGUGUAAAGACGGACUGGAGAUCUACAAGAGAUUCCUGACGCGGAUGACCCGAGUGUCUGAGUUCUUCAAAAUUGCAGAGCAAGUGGGAAUAGACAAAAACGACAUACCUGAGCUCACUCAGGCCCCAGAAAGUCUUUUGGAGUCUCUCGAGACUCACCUCAACACCCUGGAGGGGAAGAAGCCUGAAGACAAAUCACCCUCUAAGGAUGCAACAACCAACAACAGUACUCCUGCUGCUGCUGCUGCAGCACCAGCCAAACCUGCUCCUCCCGCUGCAGCCAGCAGGCCUCCAGCUCGUCCCGGGCCGCCGGUGAAACCCCCUCCACCCUCUGUUACUCCAACCGCACCGGCCCCUGCCACCACCGUUACCAGCAACGCUCUGGACGACGGGUUCCUUUUGGAUCUCGACCCUAUGUCGUCCUCGUCAGCAGGGGGCGCUGCGGCAACGUCCAUGACUGGAUGGGGAGAUCUCUUGGCAGGUGCUGCCCCAGCCGCCACCAAUGGCGCGCCUCAAGCUCUCGCGGCAGACGGGAAGCCAGCUGACGCUGCAGGCGCCGCCGCUGCCGUCACUACCGCCCCUGCUGCUGCCGCUGCCACCGUUGCCGCGCCUGCAGCCGCCGCAGUCGCUGCGCCGGCAACCGCUUCUGGAACCACUGCUGCUGCAGCUGCACCGGUGCCGCCCCCCACAUCGCUGCCUGUCUCUGCUCCUGCUGCCGCCUCAGCCACUGACAUCGACCUUUUUGGAGAUGCGUUUGCACCUUCCCCAGGAGACGGUCCUGCUGCCGCGGCCGCGGGCCCCGCUGCUGAUGCAUUUAGUGGAUCUGACCCCUUCGCGACCACGGAAGGGAGCUCAAGGAUUGCUCCAGAGCUGGACCUGUUCGCUAUGAGGCCUUCUGACUCGGAGGCCGCCACCGCCAUCACUCCUCCCACCUCUAGCGAGGCGCCGACCGUCAUCGCCCCCAUCGCUGCCCCCGCUGCUCCCGCCCCUUCCUCCACUACUACUACUACCACCACCACAACCACCACCGACACCACCACCACAGAGUCUGCAGCUGCCCCGACUCUAGAUAUCUUUGGUGAUAUGUUUGAUUCUAUGCCUGAGCAAAGCCCUACCACAGAAUCCAAAGCCGCUACCACUCCUAGCGUAGACCUUUUUGGUGCAGACCUACCUGCCGUUUCACGCGGGCCCUCUCCGUUGCCCGAGCCGCCUCCGGUUGGAGACAUUGUGACGGAUACGUUUACAUCUCCAGCUCCAGCCGCCACGCCUUCUCCUGCCCCAACGCCUGCCCCCGCCCCGACUCCCGUACCGGAAGCCUCCUCUCCACCCAAACCAGAGCCAGAGCCGGUCAUUGACCUACUGGACUCCUUCAGCGGUCCUGUGGAGGAGACGCAAAGCUCUGCCCCUGCGGUGCCGGGAGGCGACCUGCUGGGAGGCCUGAUCUCUCCCACGUUGGCUCCCACGGCUGCCCCGGCUCUGGUGCAGAACGACCUUCUGGAGACCGCCUUCGACUCGCUGGCCUCGCUCCCGUCCCCGACACCGCCGGUACCCGCCGCGGCUUCGGUAGUGCCGAUAGCUCCGACCGCGGCGGCGUCAGAACCUGCGUCCGCCACGCCAGCGCCCUCCGGUGGCUUCGACGCAUCAAUGUUCGGCGGUCUAGGCGACUUGCUGAUGCCGGCGGUGACGCCUCAGAGCACCGGAGGCAGCACGGCGGGCAGCACUGGGACCCCCAGCGCACCAGGAGGAAUAUCAGCCCUCCCUCCCGCCACUCCACCUCCCACCAAAGCAAUCGGAGGAGACCUGGACUCGUCGCUGGCCAACUUGGUUGGAGACCUUGGAAUGAAGAAAAAGGAUCCGCUCGGCGAGAAGAAGCUGACAGGAGGCGCCAACUGGAUGCCACAGGUCGCUCCCACAAGCUGGGGCUCCCCGGGGGCCCCCAUGGCUGCCAGUGCGCCAGGAACAGCGCCCCCUGGUGCACCAAUGGUGCCAACAAUGAGCCCACAGCCUGGCUUUGGCAUGCCUCCUGCUGGAGGGCCAGGGGUCCCAAUGAUGCAGCCCAUGAUGAGUCAGCCUAUGAUGGGGCAGCCCAUGAUGAGACCUGCGUUCACAGGGGUUGCUGGAGCUGCACCCGGAGCGCCGCUUUCUUCAGGACUUUCAAAUCAGACCCCCAAGAAGCCCAAGGACCCUCUGGCAGACCUCGACCUCAAGGACUUCUUAUAAUACCCCAGCUGCUUUUCUUUCUGGAUCAGAGCCUUCUCAACGUUUACCUGGCGCCUGUCAACAUCUGGAGAUGCCAGCAAUGUUCCAUUCCUCCUUUUCUCCUCCUCACCCGUCCAUGACCCAACUUCUCCUGUGUGAUGUUGUAGCACAAACUGUGAAAGUGAACCAUAAUGGAUUAUAUACAAAUAUAAGAUAAAAAAAAAAAAAUUUAAAUCCAGAGCUUGUGCUUAUGUCGAUGUACUAAUUUUAUCGUCGAAACAAAACGACACAAAAUCCUGACAAAAAAUAAAUAAAUAAUGAUAAAAGUAGUUCAGGACGGUAAGUGAGAGGAAGUGAAGAAAUAUGUGUUUUAGAUUUAUUUAUCGUGCUGAAUUGAAUGAUUGAUGUGCUUUGGUGUCCCAAGCCCCGCCCACAUUUCAUUAAUGUCUCCGCCUCCUUACUGAUGGGGGUGGAGCUUCUGUGUGUUCCCAUGUUGGUUGGAUGAGAUCGGUAAACAAAAGUCCCUGUAGAUUUUUGAAGAGGCAUAACGUGUGUGAUGUUUUACAGGAAGGUCCUCUUUGAUGUACAGAGGUUUCUUUGGUGAGGAUUUUGUCUUUAUCGUAUGUCUGUUGAGGAGAUUCUCAAAAGUGAAUCAGACAUGAAAUCGUGAGAAGUCUUGUGAGUAUCCCUCUAUUUGCCGUCAUCAUUGGAACUAACUGAAACGAGUAAGACCGCCACUAAAAGAUUAAUAUACUGUAUAUAUAAGAUCAACCUUGGUGGGAUUUUCAGUUAUUAAAAAAACAGCAAGUGGUCCUUUCGUCUUCUUUUUACUUUUUGUUUUAACUUGUGGCCUAAUUUUCUAUAUUUUCUUCUUUUUAUGUAGGUGUAUGUACAUUUUGGUUCAUUUCUCCAGACUGUGGCUAUCUGCGUACCUUUCUAUUAAAUAACAUAUCUUGGAACUUUAUGUACUUCCAGAAAACUACACUUUAGUCUUCUUAGAGGUGUGUUUGAACUUCCCUUGAGUAGAAACGUUAAAAGUCGUUGACUUGGUCUCCCGUGGUCGAUUUUAAGAGUCUGUUUUGUCAUUUUCACGACUUCCAUAGCAAACACCGUGCUCAGACGGGUCAGAUCGACCAGAUUAAUAUGAUUAUAGUAAUUAAAAUGAGAAGACUUGUAGGCGUGGGCCGGUUUGAGAAUUUCAUAGUUUUCAGAGACGAUGCAGUGAUAUCACUGUAUUUUCUCUAGAUUUUAAACAGAAAGGAAAGCUAUUCUAAUUGAAUUUAAGAGAUAACUAUCAAUCCCUCAAUCACUCCUGAAAAAUUGCUAAAUAUUCAUCAUUCCCUUAAAAAAACCUUAUCUUUAACAUUUAUUUAUUGUCUUAAUUUUGCUCGAUGCAUUAGAGCAACAGCAUAGAACAUCCCUCUGUUAAUUUAGCAGAUGUUUUUAGGUUCCUCCUGCUCAUAAUUGUAUCCCUUUUUACCAUUCUUCAAUUUAUAGAGUAGCAGAAGUAUAUAUAAUUGUUAUGAAUUGUUAGUGAGACUAUAUUUCCCUCAUAGCUUGCCAACAGCACUAAAAAGGGUGAUGGGUGGUCCUUAGUUUUGAGUCCAAGCACCUUGACUGCACACAUUUUUCCCAACUGGAAGCAUUUCCAAGUCCUUGUAAGUGAGGGAAAAGUGCAGUAGCCAUAUUUUAGGCAACUUUGCAGCAGCACGUCGGUGAGGGGCAGCCUGAGAAAACGCUCCACUGUUUUCUCUGGCUUCUGGCAACUUUGGUGUGCCCCAAAGACCAGUAAUUAGCCCACGCCUGGUUAAUUUGGCACAGAAUGCUCGGUCACUCUUUGCUCAGCUUUACUUUAAUGAGAAAAGUUUAAAGAUACAAUGUGGUGUUUUGUCCUCUAAGCAAAGCAAAUUCUGUUUACGCACAGGAUUACGCAUCCAAAGGACGCCGCCGCCUGUGCACUCAUGACUCCUAACGACUCGCUAAACGUGUUUACCUCGUUAGGAAACUUCAAAGUCGACGUUAUUUACAAGCCACAAGGGCUUUUCCUCUGAUGGAUUCUCCUUGAAGUUGCUAGCGGCCAAAACACCGCACCGCACCUUUAGCCUCGAGGUGAACAUAACCUGCUCCAGCACCAGAGUGCGUAGUAAAACUAAACUAAACAUUUGUUUCGCUUCCAUCUGAGCAUCGUGUUCGACUCUUUUCUUAAUCGAUAACAUCUGGCUUGCCGUUGGUGGAGCCUCUAACUAUGGAGAACUCUAUUUGAGGUUAUAGUUGAACCUUUUUGCCAUUUUGAACCCAGAGUUCAGUAAAAUCCCUUUGAGCGUAAUCAUACGUUUGGUCAUAAUUUGACGCCAGUCUCCUCUUCUGUGCUGUAAACUGCAGAAAGUGAUAGAUCUUUGUCUGUGUCUGUUCUCUGUCAUGUUUGUGGAUUGGUUGUGAGAGUCGGGAGUAAACCAUGGGAGAAUAUUAACAUUUUUUUCAUGACUGAAUUAUUAGAAUUGUAAUUUUUUUUGGUUUGUUUGUUUUAUUGUAAAUUUAUUUUAUUUACAAUGGCCCUUCCCAGUGCAUGUAAGCCCCUCGAGAUGCAAUAAAUUGGAUGACGGAUUGA